AUGGAUGGCCAUAACGAGAGGACCUCUCCAAAAGACGCACCCAGUAACACGGAGAUGCUUUUUGCCCUACUGACACAAAGCGAGGAGCUACGCAAAGAGAUCCCUGUGUGUGCGGGAUGCAACCAGCACAUAGUAGACCGCUUCAUCCUGAAGGUGCUGGACCGACACUGGCACAGCAAGUGCCUCAAGUGCAGCGACUGCCAGUCCCCGCUGGCCGACAAGUGCUUCAGCCGGGGCGACAGCGUCUACUGCAAGGAGGACUUCUUCAAGAGGUUUGGCACCAAGUGCGCAGCGUGCCAGCAGGGUAUCCCGCCGACGCAGGUGGUGCGCCGGGCGCAAGACUUCGUCUAUCACCUGCACUGCUUCGCCUGCAUCGUGUGCAAACGGCAGCUGGCGACAGGGGACGAGUACUACCUGAUGGAGGAUAGCAGACUCGUGUGCAAAGUAGACUACGAAACCGCCAAGCAGAGAGAAGCCGAUUCCACAGCGAAAAGGCCUCGCACCACCAUCACGGCCAAACAACUAGAGACGUUGAAAAACGCCUACAAUAACUCACCCAAACCAGCGAGACACGUGCGGGAGCAGCUGUCAUCAGAAACGGGCUUGGAUAUGCGAGUGGUGCAGGUGUGGUUUCAGAACCGGCGUGCAAAGGAGAAGCGCUUGAAGAAGGAUGCGGGUCGGCAGCGCUGGGGUCAGUACUUCAGGAACAUGAAGCGCUCGCGCGGCAGCUCCAAAUCUGACAAGGACAGCAUUCAGGAGGAGGGACUAGACAGCGACGCAGACGUCUCAUUCACAGACGAGCCUCCGAUGUCCGACCUCAGCCACUCCAACGGGCUCUACGGCAGCCUGAGCGAGGCGUCCCCGGCCAUGGGUCGCCCUGCCGGGCCGCACCCGGGCUCCUUCCCCCUGGAGCAUGGAGGAGUGAUCCAGUCCCAGGAGCCCUACCACGACAUCCGCUCCGGGAGCCCCUACGGCCUGCCCCAGUCCCCAAGCUCGCUUCAGGCCCUGCCCCGCCACCAGGCCCUCAUCUCGGGCCUCGUGUACCCCGACUCCGGCCUGCCCAUGGUGGGCCAGGGGGCGCCAGGGGGCAUGGGCGGACCGGGUAGCCGGCUGCUGGGUGGAGCUAACGGCCCCAGUUCUGACCUGUCGACGGGCAGCAGCGGUGGGUACCCGGACUUCCCAGCCAGCCCUGCUUCCUGGUUGGAUGAGGUGGACCAUGCACAGUUCUGA